UGUUUGACUUUAGCGGCGGUGUGUGUGUGUGGAGCUGGAGCUCUAAACCCGGGCUGGGUGAAUGAAGCCGCCGGGAGCUGAAGUUAAAGUACUUUCCUGGUGUAACCGUGAUGAGAGAAGCGCUCUGUGAUGAGCUGCACAGUUAGCGCGCUGUGUGAGAAGCUGAGCUAAUAGUUUCAGGCCUCGGCGCCUCACCGAUGGCUAGGCCACGUAGCGUUAGCAGCUACAGAACACAUUUAAUCACGUAUUCUGAAUGAAUUUGGGUGGUUUUAUUGUAUUUAAAAAUUCUUUUGAUCCGGACGGAUAAUAUAGGAGGUCUGAAGGGGAGAGAAAAUCCAGAGAACUCGCUUGUUUGCGGUACCUGGAUCAGUUAGCACUUUGGCUAGCUCUUUAGCUGUGCGAGGCUGUUAGAAGUAGCUCAGCGCGCCGGAGCUAAACACACACACUCACCGGUGCUCGGUUUAAUCCUCGGUGCGGGCGAGCGGAUUCGUGAUCCGUCUUUUUUCAGUUUAAAAUCUGCUUAUUUCGGGGGUAAAAGUGCGGCGUGUGUGUUUGCUGAACUUUUGUUUUCCCGUCCAUAGAGGCCAGUAGAGGACUGUUUGGAUAUGGAGUUCCCGCAGCAGCACCAGAAGCCGGCGGGGGACGGGAAGAUCAUCUACCCGCUCGGAGUGAAGGAGAUCACGGACAAGAUCAGCAACGAUGAGGUGGUUAAACGCUUAAAGUUGGUGGUGAAGACCUACAUGGACAUGGACCAGGACUCUGAGGAGGAGAAGCAGCAGUAUCUGGCCCUCGCGCUCCACUUGGCCUCGGAGUUCUUCCUGCGCAACCCCAACAAGGACGUGCGGCUGCUGGUGGCCUGCUGCCUGGCCGAUAUCUUCAGGAUCUACGCCCCCGAGGCUCCGUACACCUCGCACGAUAAACUCAAGGAGAUUUUUCUGUUCAUCACACGUCAGCUGAAGGGACUGGAGGACACCAAGAGUCCUCAGUUCAACAGAUACUUUUACCUGCUGGAGAACCUGGCCUGGGUGAAGUCCUACAACAUCUGCUUCGAGCUGGAGGACUGUAACGAGAUCUUCAUCCAGCUGUUCAAAACGCUCUUCUCUGUGAUCAACAACAGCCACAACCAGAAGGUUCAGAUGCACAUGCUGGACCUGAUGAGCUCCAUCAUCACGGAGGGGGACGGAGUCACUCAGGAGCUCCUCGACACCAUUCUCAUCAACCUCAUCCCGGCACACAAGAACCUGAACAAGCAGGCGUACGACCUGGCCAAGACGCUGCUCAAGAGGACCGUCCAGGCCAUCGAGAACUGCAUCGCCUCGUUCUUCAAUCAGGUGCUGGUGAUGGGGAAGUCCUCGGUGAGCGACCUCUCGGAGCACGUGUUCGACCUCAUACAGGAGCUGUUCUCCAUCGACCCUCUGCUGCUGGUGUCCGUCAUGCCUCAGCUGGAGUUCAAACUGAAGAGUAACGACGGCGAAGAACGGCUGGCUGUGGUGAAGCUGCUGGCUAAACUCUUCGGCGUCAAGGACUCCGAGCUGGCCACUCAGAACCGGCCGCUGUGGCAGUGCUUCUUAGGAAGAUUUAAUGAUAUUCACGUACCUGUGAGGUUGGAGUGUGUGAAGUUUGCCAGCCACUGCCUCAUGAAUCACCCAGACCUGGCCAAGGACCUCACAGAAUACCUGAAGGUGAGGUCACAUGACCCCGAAGAGGCGAUCCGCCACGACGUCAUCGUGACCAUCAUCAACGCCGGGAAGAAGGACCUGAGCCUGGUGAACGAUCAGCUGCUGGGCUUCGUCCGGGAGAGGAUGCUGGACAAACGGUGGCGCGUCCGCAAGGAGGCCAUGAUGGGCCUGGCUCAGCUCUAUAAGAAGUACUGCCUGCACCACGAGGCGGGGAAAGAGUCCGCCCAAAAGAUCAGCUGGAUCAAAGACAAACUGCUGCACAUCUACUACCAGAACAGCAUCGACGACAAGUUGCUGGUGGAGAAGAUCUUUGCACAGUUCAUGGUCCCUCACAACCUGGAGACGGAGGAGAAGAUGAAGUGUCUGUAUUAUCUGUACGCCUGCUUGGACACCAACGCCGUCAAGGCGCUGAACGAGAUGUGGAAGUGUCAGAACAUGCUCCGAGGGCUGGUGAAGGAACUCCUGGACCUGCACAAGCUCCCCACGUCGGAGGCCAACACCGCCGCCAUGUUCGCCAAGCUCAUGACCGUCGCCAAGAACCUGCCCGACCCGGGGAAGGCGCAGGACUUCAUGAAGAAGUUCAACCAGGUGCUGGGCGAGGACGAGAAGCUGCGCCUGCAGCUGGAGCAGCUCAUCAGCCCCACGUGCUCCUGCAAGCAGGCCGAGCUCUGCGUGAGAGAGAUCACGCGCAAGCUGACGUACCCCAAGCAGCCCACCAACCCCUUCCUGGAGAUGGUGAAGUUCCUGCUGGAGAGAAUCGCACCCGUUCACAUCGACUCGGAGGCCAUCAGUGCUCUGGUGAAGCUUUUGAACAAAUCCAUCGAGGGCACCGCUGACGACGAGGACGAGGGCGUGACCCCCGACACGGCCAUCCGCGCAGGACUGGAAUUACUCAAGGUGUUGUCCUUCACCCACCCCACGUCCUUCCACUCGGCCGAGACCUACGAGUCCCUGCUGCAGUGCCUGAAGAUGGAGGACGACAAGGUGGCCGAGGCCGCCAUCCAGAUCUUCAGGAACACCGGCCAGAAGAUCGAGGCCGAGCUGCAGCAGAUCCGAUCGACUCUGAUCCCCGUCCUGCACCAGAAAGCCAAACGCGGGACCCCCCACCAGGCCAAGCAGGCCGUGCACUGCAUCCACUCCAUCUUCCACAACAAGGAGGUCCAGCUGGCUCAGAUAUUCGAGCCUCUGUCUCGGAGCCUGAACGCCGACGUCCCGGAGCAGCUGAUCACGCCCCUGGUCUCUCUGGGUCACAUCUCCAUGCUGGCGCCGGAUCAGUUCGCGUCCCCCAUGAAGUCCAUAGUGGCUAACUUCAUCGUGAAGGACCUGCUCAUGAACGACCGGUCCGUGGGCAGUAAGAACGGGCGGCUGUGGACGGCCGACGACGAGGUCUCGCCCGAGGUGCUGGCUAAGGUCCAGGCCAUCAAGCUGCUGGUCAGAUGGUUGCUGGGGAUGAAGAACAAUCAGUCCAAGUCGGCCAACUCCACCCUCCGACUCCUGUCGGCCAUGCUGGUCAGCGAGGGCGACCUGACCGAGCAGAAGAAGAUCUGUAAGUCGGAUAUGUCUCGGCUGAGGCUGGCGGCGGGCAGCGCCAUCCUGAAGCUGGCGCAGGAACCCUGUUACCAUGACAUCAUCACACCGGAGCAGUUCCAGCUGUGUGGACUGGUCAUUAACGACGAGUGUUACCAGGUGCGUCAGAUCUUUGCUCAGAAGCUCCACAUGGCCCUGGUGAAGCUGCUCCUGCCGUUAGAGUACUUGGCCGUGUUCGCUCUGUGCGCCAAGGACCCGGUGAAGGAGAGGCGCGCCCACGCCCGCCAGUGCCUGCUCAAGAACAUCAGCGUCCGCCGCGAGUACAUCAAGCAGAACCCCAUGGCUCAGGAGAAGCUCCUGUCUCUUCUGCCCGAGUACGUGGUGCCGUACAUGAUCCACCUGCUGGCGCACGACCCGGACUUCACCAAGCCGCAGGACCUGGAGCAGCUCCGAGACAUCAAAGAGUGCCUGUGGUUCAUGCUGGAGGUGCUGAUGACCAAGAACGAGAACAACAGUCACUCGUUCCUGAGGAAGAUGGUGGAGAACAUCAAGCAGACCAAAGACGCCCAGGCCCCCGACGACCCCAAAGCUAACGAGAAGCUUUACAUCGUGUGUGACGUGGCCAUGUUCGUCAUCACCAACAAGAGUACUUCCUGUCACCUGGACUCGCCCAAGGACCCGGUGCUUCCUGUCAAGUUCUUCACUCCACCUGAUAAGGAGGUGCUUAACGAUAAAGAUUACCUGAGCGCCGAGGCCCGGAACGUCCUUCUGACCGGGAAGAUCCAGCCGCCGCCGAAGCAGACGGGCGUGUUGGGAGCGGUGAACAAGCCUCUAGUGGUGACGACGGUGCGCAGGCCGUACACCAAAUCCGCCGUCUCCGGCGCGGGGGCCAACGCCACCAACAACUCCCAGGCCACGCCCAGGAACAAGGACACGAUUUCGGAGGGGUCGGAGGCCGGGGCGCAGGAGAACGAGGAAAACCCGCAGAUCGCCAAAGCAGAGGGAGGGAAGAAGGACGACGCCGUGGCGCCCCCUCAGGGCAGCGGGAGGAAGCGGGCGGCGCCGCAGACCGGCGGGACGGAGAACAGCGUGGCCUCCAACGCCGUGUCCUCGUCACAGCCUCCGCCCAACAAACCCCGGCGGGGGAGGCCGCCGAAGAACCCCGCGGCCACGCCCAACAGCGACAAGGAGGUCACGACUACCGCCGGAGCCGGGCGGGGCAGGAAGAGGGCGGCGCCCUCCCAGGACCUGACCUCCACGGGCGCGGCGGAACCAAUCAGCGGCAAGAUACCAAAACAGAAGGAGCGGCAGAUCGACCUGCAGAGGCUCUUCUUCCCAAAAGCAGCGGGAGCGCCGCCCCGGUGGCAGAGGAGGUACGGCAGCGAGGGCGAGACGGAGAGAGAGCUGGAGUCCAGCCCCGAGUCCUUCUUCUCCUCUCACAGCCAGUUAGGGAACAGAGCAGGAGGAGACGGAGGAGCAGAGCAGGGAGAGCUAGCAGUAAAGCGACGAGCUACGAGGACCCGCCCGUAGUCCGAGCGCCGUAAGGACGAGCGUCCACCCCGCUCCGCCCGCCCGCCCGCCGGCUCAGAGAGCAGGAUUACGGCUCACGGACCCUCCGACCCGCCCCGCCCCGUUCGUCCUUUCGUUCACUCUUGUGUUUUUACUCGCUUGUCCGGGACGAUUUUACGGUUUGGAUUUUUGAUUAUUUUAAAACGAUUUUAAUCUUCUUCUACUGUUGCUUAUUAAAAAUGGCUGGAUAAACAAA